AUUUUCAAAUUUUAUAUAACAUGGUUAUCCUUAUAUUUUCGCUGAAUUCUAGGCGCAAGAAAUUAAAUGUAACAAAAAUUUAAUCCCAAAAAAAUAAAAACAUUAAAGAAGUGCCUCUCACAUGGCAAGAAUCAUGAGUUCUUCAUCAUCAGUAACUCCAAUUAAUAACAAAGGUGAUAAGAAUCUUCAAGUUGAAGCAGAUGAUCUUCACAAGAAUCCUGCACAAGUGGAAGAGGCAAGAAUCGCGGUUGAUAAGCCAAAACUCAGUGGGAAGAUUAUUGGGAUUGUGUUUUAUUUGCAACUUCUUGUGAUUUUUGUGCUUGCAGUGAUUCUGAUCAUUAGAGGCUUCCUAUCUAAGCAUGCUCGUCGUCGGUUUCAUCCAUCGGAGUGGUAUCCUCCGAUGCUGAUGUCUGUUGGAUUGGCAGGAAUCACUGGAUUAGUAUGGCAGACUGUAACGUACUAUCAUUCGUCGAGAGCUGUUAAAUUGGCAUUUUGGUUUAGUCCCCUGCUAACUUGUGCCAUGGGUGUUCUUUUGAUUUCUACUGGUUCAGCAGUUGGAUUAGCUUUCGGAAUUUUAUCGAUCUUAGUAGCUGUUAUUCAAUCGUUGUAUGCUUGUUGGGCGAACCCACGGUUUAAUCAUGCUGUUUCUGUGCUAUCUGUCUGCACUGCAGUUCCUCCACAGAAGAGUAUCUCAAUGACUGUUGUGUCUGUCAUUGUAUCAGUAGUCUACUCUUCGGCUUUGGUGGGUGGGAUUGGUGGAGCUACUGCGACUGGAACCCAUAUUGAUAAGGUUUUCAUCGCGGUCAUCAUCCUUAGCAUGACCUGGACACUGCAGGUGGUCAAGAAUAUACUGCAGGUGGUAGUCUCGCGUGUCAGGUAUCUGAACUUUGCUUGUGGAGAUGAAACAAUGGAUGUUUGGACAUCUAUGAGAGUGGCAGUGGGACCCAUGGUGGGAACUGUCUGCUUUGGGUCUGUCUUAGUCCCGACUGUCACCCUUGUUUGUGGCUCUGCUAGGGGAAUCAGCCUUAUAGCAGGAGAUUCUGAUGAGUUCCUGUUUUCUUGUGCCGACUGUUACUCAGGAAUUGCCUCAAGACUUGUGACAUGUGGCAAUCGCUGGGGGUUUGUCCAUGUUGGAGUCGACUGUAAGGGGAUCAUCCAAUCAUCCUCUGACACGUGGGAGAUGUUCCGGAGAGCUGGGAUGGAAGAGCUUAUUGACUGUGAUUUGACAAGUUCAUUCUGCUUCUUCUGUGGCAUUGCAGGAGGGGCUCUGAGUGCAAUAUCAGGAGGGUGUUGGGCACUUGUGGUUCAUAAAGAAUAUGCAACUCAAAUUUCGAUCUAUGCUUUUUUGAUUGGUUAUUUGGUUAGUCGUGUAGCUAUGGCUUGGCCACAAGCAUGUGCUUCGGCUUACCAUGUGGCGUUUGCUGAGAACCCUCAAAGUGCUCGAUUUGAUGCAACUAUUCCAUUUAGGUUGCAGGAGCUACAUAAAAAUCAGCAAUCUAACAUUUCUGGCGGUGAUCAUUGAGUAGGACAGAGCACAGUUUGUAUAUAGUCCUCCCAACAAAAUUUUGAUAGCAGCAAGAAUUCUUUCUUGUAAAUAUCUGUAACCAUGAAAUCAUUGUGAUCAUGUCUUGUAUACAUCAAUAAAUUGCUUGCAAUUGCGCGUUUGAAUGUUAGGCGAGGUAGCAUUAGCAAGAAAGGACGUUCAGUGUAGGAAGUAUAUAAUUUAAAAGGACGUCAUAAACUCCAAGAAAGUUUUCUUGUGGACUUGCUUUCCACCUUGUAGUGCUUGUACUGUGACAAAAUGUGCUCACAAAGAGGCAGUGUUUUCCCUAAAAUUACAUGUGAACUUUUGUCCACGAGACCAUAACUUGCAGGGUAGCUAGCGCAACCACGACUAUAGUCAAAAGGUAGGUUGUGAAUAUAGGGAUGCUGGCUGCAACGACUAUAGUUCAUAAAUGCAUGUAAGAGAAGCAUGGUGGUGGACUGGUGGUGUAAGAGCUUUAUAAUCACUUGUUAACUUGAACCCAAAGAGAAUGUAACAUUAUACAUAGUACCUGUACUACCUUUCCCCCUGAAUAUUAACCGGAAUUGAGUUCAUUGGUCAAAAUCAAAUUUGUCAAAAACCGUACAGCAUUACAGUGGAAAUUACAUUUCUAGAUUUAUCUGGGACGUUUUCAUCAGAUCAUAUAUUUUAUGGGCUACAAAGAUAGAAAUCAAUAGUCAAAAGUUGACAUUAUUGGAACACCAAAUGGUGGAUGUGCCUUGUCAAUUAAAAACGGGACCUAGGGAAACUGCAAGGAGAAAUCCAGACAUACGAAGUACAAAAUGGAAUUUUAUGGUGCAGAAAAGAUCAAAUCAAUAUUGCAGAUUCCCAUCGCUUAAACCACGAGGGGUGUUUAUCAUCUCUAGUAACUGAUCCUAUCUCAGUUCAG